CAUAAUCCUUUUAGUUGAAUGCCAUCACUUGGCAGUUGGCAGCUUGAUAUCCAGUCAAUUGGCAAUCUGGCGGGAUCGAUAGAGUCGGAAGUAUAGACCGGCGGCGGCAGUGGUAUGACGACGACGGUGACCACUCUCUCACUAGGCACCGUCCGGGCAUCAAUAUGCUCCUCUCUGAACACUGCGAAGAGAUUCCAGCCACCAUCUCACUUCAAGGUUUUGGCCGAGAAUUUUCCUUCAUUUCUCCCUAAAGAAGUAGAGAAUAUCAAAGAUCCAUAUGCUCGAAAAUUGGCUACUAGGAUUCAGAGAAUACCAGUGCCAGUAAGCUUCUCAAAAAGUUCAAUAAUGAGCAGUUACGUGAAGCCAUUAGCAGUACAAGAACAGUCCAACCCAGUUGUGCUCCUCCAUGGUUUUGACAGCUCUUGCUUAGAAUGGAGAUACACGCUUCCUUUGCUUGAGGAAGCCGGCUUGGAGACAUGGGCAAUUGAUAUUCUUGGUUGGGGAUUCUGUGAACUAGAAAGGCUUCCUCUAUGUGAUGUUGCUUCGAAACGCGAACACCUCUAUCAGUUUUGGAAGACUCAUAUCAGAAGACCAAUGGUAUUAGUUGGGCCUAGCCUUGGUGCUGCUGUUGUUAUUGACUUUGCAGUUAAUUAUCCCGAGGCUGUUGAUAGCCUGGUUUUCCUUUCUGCGAGUGUUUAUGCUGAAGGUACUGGGGACUUAGCUACAUUACCUAAAGCAGUAGCCUAUGCUGGGGUUUACGUGUUGAAGAGCAUUCCAUUGCGGUUCUAUGGGACCUAUUUAGUCUUCAAUGGCUUACCAUUUGAGAAAUGCUUAGACUGGACAAAUGUGGGUCGUUUGCAUUGUUUGCUGCCUUGGUGGGAGGAUGCAACUGUGUCUUUCAUGACUAGUGGGGGUUAUAACGUGUCUUCACAAAUAAAAAAGGUGAAGCAGAGGACGCUUAUCAUAUGGGGUGAGGAUGAUCAAAUUAUCAGCAAUAAACUUGGUGUGAGGUUGCACUGUGAACUGCCAAAUGCAAAAUUUCGUCUAGUGCCAGAGUGUGGUCACUUACCUCAUGUCCAAAAGCCCACUGCUGCUGCCAAGUUGAUAGUGGAGUUUUGUCAAGAAAAUUGCCAGUCAGAGAGUUUUGUCUGUUCUACUAAUAAAGACUUAAUUUUCACUCAUUCAUGAAGAACAUGGAUAAGGAAAAUGUAGUUAAGAUGUCAAAGCUCAAAGAAAUUUUCCCCAACGAAUUGUACAGUAAAUACCAAACAGCCUGGACCACUAUUUUGGGACAGCAGUUUGAUUAUUU